AUGAAAGCAAAUGAAAUAAAGUACUACCUUCUAUUCACCUUUGUGGUCCAUUUGGUAAAACGAGUGAAUUCGAACAUAUUAGUAAACUGCUUCGGAGUGUUGCACUGCAAGAUGUGUCAUGUCGCUAUAAGAAAUUGUUUCUUAUCAGGAACCAGUAACAUGUCAAAAUGUAUUAAGUGUGAAGAAAAUUACUACAACAUUCGGCCAUGUACACAUCAGAUAGAAAACUUCAUUCAGACAUCGACGGAUAAGGAAAAUUUCGUUGAACUCAAAGAUCACGACUACUUAACGGAAAACAAAGUAGACGCUUUAAUUUCUGAAGUUGUUAAAAUGUCAAGUGAGAUGCACAAGAAUGAAGCAAGUGCUAGAGAAAACCUAAGUGAAGAUUUAAAAAAAAAAAUAAUGCAGUUGUGUUUGUAUUCCAAUUUUUCUGACAAUUAUGAAAAUGCAAAUAAGCACGAACAGGCAAGUGUAGAAGAUGUCGAAAAGCACAUCCACAAAAUAGUAACUAUGUAUAUAGAUGGAAGUAACCAUAUGGAACAUAUUAUUAAUUCUAUGAAAAAUCCAGCAUUGUGUUUAAAGAAUCCAGCAGAAUGGACAAAGGACAGAGCUGGUUACAAAGAUAAUGAUAUACCUUCAGUAGGAAUCAUACCUGAAAGAAAGUUGUUUAAACCUUACCAAGUUAAAUCUCUUAUGAGUUCCUUAUAUAGCCAUAACUCUAACUGCAAUAGACAAUUCUGUGAUAGAUUUUCUGAUCCAAAUGAAUGUGAAAACAAGAUCCGAGUCCUCAACCAGGGAACGUGCGGAAACUGCUGGGCCUUCGCCUCUUCCCAAGUGAUAUCAGCAUACAGAUGCAGAAAAUCCCUUGGGUUUGCAGAACCAUCAGUGAAGUAUGUAACUUUAUGCAAGAACAAACAAUUAGGAGAUAAUGAUUACAGUUUGUUCGGGCACUACAAUGAUAAUAUAUGCAGAGAAGGUGGACAUUUGUCAUACUAUUUAGAAACUGUGGAUAAGAGUGGAAUAUUACCAACAUCAUAUGAUGUACCAUAUAAUGAGCCAUUAAAAGGAGCUGAUUGUCCAGAAAAUAACAAGACAUGGAGUAAUAUGUGGGAAAAGGUAAAUUUAAUUGAUAGAAUAUUAAAUGGGUAUCUAUAUCGUGGAUACUUUAAAAUUUCAUUUCAUGAAUAUACAAGAAAUGGAAAAACAGAAGAAUUAAUUCGAUUAUUGAAGGAUUACAUAAUAGAACAAGGAUCUUUAUUUGUCUCUAUGCAAGUAAAUGAAAAAUUAAGUUUUGAUCAUGAUGGUGAAAAAGUAAUGAUGAAUUGUGAAUAUAAUGAAUCACCUGACCAUGCCUUAGUAUUAAUAGGAUAUGGUGAAUAUAUGAAACCCUCAGGAGAAAAAAGUUCUUAUUGGUUAAUUCGAAAUAGUUGGGGUUCUCAUUGGGGGGACAAAGGAAAUUUUAAAGUAGAUAUGUAUGGUCCUGGAAAUUGUAAUGGUGCAGUAUUAUGUAAUGCAUUUCCAUUACUCUUACAAAUGAGAGGAAACAAAAUUAAUAAACCUUUGCCUAAUGAUAUGGCAUCUACUGACAAUAAAACCAGAUAUGACCAUUCUUACUUUAAUAGAGAUAGAAAUAGAAACAAUUCUAGAAGGUAUAAUUAUUCAGGAAAUAAUCAAGUAAACCCCAAUGGACGACGGGGUGGUGAUAAUAAUAACCCUUUUGAUAUACCUAACCCCAAUGAUACAUUUGAUGAUCAAAAUCGAUAUGAACCUAACUUUGAUCCUUACAAUGGAAAUAAUAAUUAUCCACAUGUUGACAACAAGAAAGAUAUGGCCAGAAACAAUAAUGCUGGAAUUAGUGACAACAACAGAAACAGAAAUAUAAGACACAAAGUUUUUAGAACCACCCUAUCAUUGAAUAUAGGAAAUACUCAGUUUAAGCGAAAUAUACAUAUGAAAAGAAAAGAUGAGUACAAGGAAAAGACGUCUUGUUUAAGAACUUAUUCCAUGGACACACACGAAGAUAUCUCUUGUCGAAACAACUGCGAACGAUUUAUUGACAAGUGCCAGUAUUACACAUCUGUUGGUGGAUGUCUAAUGAAGUAUGCCCCAAAUUACAAGUGCGUUUAUUGUGGCAUGUAA